GGGGGCGCGCGGAGCUCCGCUCUGCAUGGUCGCCGGGCUCUAGGUGGUGCCACAUCCCCGGCCUAGGCAUUUCCCUCCUUUCUGUUAUUUGGGUUUCUGCCUCCGCCGGUCUGAUCAGGCCGCGCGUGGCCGUGGGGGGAGUUGGAAAGCCGAGGAGCAGAGGGCACGCCCGCGACCCCCGCGCCGCCGGGCCGCCCGUGUGCGGCGGGAGGGGCGGGCGGCUGGCCGGCGGCCCCUCGAGCGGCGCGGAGACGCGGCCGCGCUGCCCGCCGCCCGUGUGCGGCGGCGGCUGCCUGUCCUCCCCGGAGCGGCGGGAGCGGAGCCCGCAGGGAGGGCGCCGGCGGGCGCGGGCACCGAUGGCUUCGCUGUACCAGCGCUUCACGGGCAAGAUCAACACCUCGCGGUCCUUCCCGGCGCCCCCGGAGGCGAGCCGCCUCCUGGGCGGCCAGGGGCCGGAGGAGGACGGCGCGGCGGCCAAGCCCCCCGGAGCCCAGGCGCCCGCGGCGGUGCCCCGGGAGCGCGGCGGCGGCGGCGGCGCGGGCGGCCGGCCCCGGUUCCAGUACCAGGCGCGGAGCGACUGUGACGACGAGGACGAGCUGGUGGGCAGCAACCCUCCGCAAAGAAACUGGAAAGGCAUAGCGAUCGCCCUGCUCGUGAUCCUGGUCAUCUGCUCCCUGAUCGUCACCUCUGUCGUGCUGCUGACGCCAGCGGAAGAUAACAGCCUGUCUCAGAAGAAGAAGGUCACUGUGGAAGAUCUCUUCAGUGAGGAUUUCAAAGUGCAUGACCCUGAGGCUAAGUGGAUAAGUGAUAAAGAAUUCAUCUACAGAGAACAGAAAGGAAGUGUGAUACUGCGGAAUGUGGAAACAAAUACUUCUACAGUGUUAAUAGAAGGCAAAAAAAUUGAAUCGUUAAGAGCCGUCAGAUACGAAAUAUCCCCAGAUAAAGAAUAUGCUCUUUUUUCGUAUAACGUGGAACCAAUAUAUCGACACUCCUACACUGGAUAUUAUGUCCUGAGCAAGAUUCCUCAUGGAGACCCUCAAAGUCUAGACCCACCGGAAGUCAGCAACGCGAAGCUUCAGUAUGCAGGAUGGGGACCUAAAGGCCAACAACUGAUAUUUAUCUUUGAAAACAAUAUCUAUUACUGCGCACACGUUGGGAAGCAGGCCAUCCGCGUGGUCUCAACCGGGAAAGAAGGUGUGAUUUACAACGGCCUUAGUGACUGGCUGUACGAAGAGGAGAUUUUGAAGACGCACAUCGCCCACUGGUGGUCUCCAGAUGGCACGAGGCUCGCCUAUGCCACCAUCAAUGACUCCCGCGUGCCCGUCAUGGAGCUCCCAACCUACACGGGCUCCGUCUACCCCACAGGGAAGCUCUACCACUACCCCAAGGCUGGAUGUGAGAACCCCAGCAUUUCCCUGCACGUCAUUGGCUUGAACGGCCCCACCCACGAUCUGGAGAUGACGCCUCCGGAUGACCCGCGCAUGAGGGAGUACUACAUCACGAUGGUGAAGUGGGCGACCAGCACCAAGGUGGCCGUGAACUGGCUGAGCCGGGCGCAGAACGUGUCCAUCCUCACCCUCUGCGACGCCACCACGGGCGUCUGCACCAAGAAACACGAGGAUGAAAGUGAAGCCUGGCUCCACCGGCAGAACGAAGAACCAGUGUUCUCCAAGGAUGGCCGGAAGUUCUUCUUCAUCAGAGCGAUCCCGCAGGGAGGACAAGGGAAAUUCUAUCACAUCACCGUGUCGUCGUCCCAGCCCAACAGCAGCAACGACAACAUACAGUCCAUCACCUCCGGGGACUGGGACGUCACCCAGAUCCUGUCCUAUGAUGAGAAGCGCAAUAAGAUCUACUUCCUCAGCACGGAAGACCUGCCCCGGAGACGGCAGCUCUACAGCGCUAGCACGGUGGGCAGCUUCAACAGGCUGUGCCUGUCCUGCGACCUGGUGGGAGACUGCACCUACUUCAGCGCAUCCUUCAGCCUCAGCUCGGACUUCUUCCUGCUCAAGUGUGAAGGUCCUGGAGUCCCUACGGUGACAGUGCACAACACGACAGACAAGAAGAAACUGUUUGACCUAGAAACAAAUGACCAUGUACAGAAGGCCAUCAGUGACCGGCAGAUGCCUAAAAUAGAGUACAGGGAAAUCGAGAGUGAUGACUACAAGUUGCCUGUUCAGGUCCUCAAGCCAGCGACCUUCACCGACACAGCCCACUACCCGCUGCUGCUGGUGGUGGAUGGCACGCCAGGCAGCCAGAGCGUGGUCGAGAAGUUCGAGGUGACCUGGGAAACGGUGAUGGUGAGCAGCCACGGGGCCGUGGUGGUGAGGUGCGACGGCCGAGGCAGCGGCUUCCAGGGGACGAGGCUCCUGCACGAAGUGGGGCGGCGGCUGGGCGCCCUGGAGGAGCAGGACCAGAUGGAGGCCGUACGGACGAUGCUGAAGGAACAGUACAUCGAUAAGACGCGAGUGGCCGUGUUCGGGAAGGAUUAUGGAGGGUACCUGAGCACUUACAUCCUCCCGGCAAAGAGUGAAGACCGGGGCCAGGUGUUCAGCUGUGGCUCUGCUGUCUCCCCGAUCACGGACUUCAAGCUCUACGCGUCUGCCUUUUCCGAGAGAUACCUGGGCCUCCAUGGACUGGACAACAGAGCAUAUGAGGUGACCAGGGUGGCGCACCGCGUGUCAGCGCUGGAGGAGCAGCGGUUUCUGAUCAUCCACGCCACUGCCGACGAAAAAAUCCACUUCCAGCACACAGCAGAGCUCAUUACACAACUAAUUAAAGGAAAGGCUAAUUACAGCUUGCAGAUAUACCCAGACGAAAGCCAUUACUUCAGUAGCCCCUCGCUCAGACAGCACCUCUACCGGUCCGUCAUCGACUUCUUCGUGGAAUGCUUCAGGAUUCAGGACAGAGGCCCGGCCGCCACGGGGAAAGAGGAGGAGGAGGAGGACUGAUGGGAGGCCCCGCGGCCCCGCGGCUCUUCCAGGAGCAGUGUGACGGGACCGUCCCUCCCCCGUGGAGGCUGGGGGGCGGGCAGCGCCACCUUCCACAGCAUGCGUGUCUCGGCCCAAAGGCGUUUCUGCUUCCCCGGCGGAGGUGCGUCAUGGCUCCCGAGGGCUGCCACGAGCCUGGGGCCCGCACAGCCUCGCCUCCUCCUGGCCCCAGAUUGGAUGGCACCGCCCCGGCCCUUCCCCGGGGAACAGCGCACAGGACGGACCGUGUGAAGGGACUGCCCCCGAUCCCAGCUCCCAGCAGUAGCAUUAGACCUCCCCUCUGCUGGAGUGUGCGCCCACGUCAGCAGCCUUGCCCCCUGUCCGAUGCAGCCGCGCCGUGGAGCAGCUACAGCACAGCUCCUAUCAGGACUUCUCAUGGACGGGCUUGCUCCUCUCAGUAGCGACACUCAGCACUCGAGGGGCUGUGCAGAGAAUUUCUGUAGCUAUGCUAAUGGUUAACCUUAAAGAAUUAAUUCGUAUUUUUCUAUGGUUUUUACCCGGCACUGUCUCGGUCGUGGGCUUGUUUUGCUCUUUUGUCAUUGUAGUCGGCUUUGUUUUCCUUUGUUUUCUUUGGUCAAUGUGCAGCUUUGCCUUGUUGGGAUAAAGAAACCGAUCAGAAGUAACUAACCCCUCUUUCCUCAAGGUGAUCUUUAGACUUUGUGGAGACAAUUCAAAAGCUGAGAUGAAAAAAUAUCCAAUGCUAUUCACUAAAAAAAAAAAAAAAACCAUCAAUAAAACUUCUCUCCCACCAAGCUGCAUUAGGAUUUGGCAUAGAGUCAUAUUAUGCAUUUACAUAUGUCCUCAAGCCCACCCUUUUCCUCCUUGAUAAGGGGUCAAGUCUUCUCAGAUGACAUUUGGUUAAAAAGCAUGAACAAAGUGUUGACCCCACCCCCAGGUCUGCCCCAUGUGCUCAGUGGCAGGCAACCUCGAGGAAAGUGAGUGCGUGCCAGGGUUGCCCAUGCCCUUGGGAUGGCCCAGUGCCCUCCCUGCCACGCGCGAGCAGCCACGCCGAUGCUCGACGCUAGCCAUGUAAGAUAUCCUCUGACCAGAUGUGCCACUGACGUUCCUAGUGUGCAUUUCAUUUUGUUGUAUAUAAGGACAGGAAUGUGCAUCAGGCAUUGUGCCGUGGUACCUGCCCACCUGCCGCCAGCUCUCACCCUGUGUGUCUCUUGCAUGCCGCCCUCUGUGGCUGAUCUGCACUCUUCUAGAAGUGCUGGUUUGAAAUAUAUCAAUUCCCCUCAUUUCCUUUCAAGCUGUUGACAACCUGCGUGUCGGUCUGAUUUCUCCAGCUUCUGGUCCGGCUGGGGACCCGUGGCACCUUGUCAGCAGGGAAGCUGUGUCCGUGUCGCUUUUUGGUGUUUUGGGGUUUUGGUUUCAUCUACACGAGCUCUGAAUGUCGGCUGUAAUCAGCUUAAUUGGAAGGUCUCCUUCACAAGGCUUUUUUAACGUGACACUGUCUGUGAGGAGGAUCAGUGUGCUGACCGACAGGACCGCUCUGAAUGCCCCGCCAUCACGCUUUUGCAGUCUCAGGGGGCUCCUCCGACUGCAAGCCAGCGAGGUCGGAUGGGGAGGCCAGCCUGGCCACGAGGCAGGAGGCAAGUGCGGAGGUGGCGUGGUGACGGGUGCUCACCCAUGGAAUAAAACAUUAUUUUACCACUCA